AUGUCCCGCAUCACCUCCCAUCCCGCGAUUCCGCCACCACCGUCGCGGGCGCCAGGCCGACAGAGAGCUUCAGUUGGGAUGGCCUCGGUAGUCACCGAGCCCGACUCAGCUCAGAUGGCACAGGAGAACAUUACGCUGCUGCAGGCGCUGGUGCAGCCCACACGGUACCGUCGCCGUGUGCAGCCGCAGUUUGAAGCCUUCCACCUCGAGGACCCGGACUACAUGAAGUACAACCUAAAAGCCUACUGGCCCCAUCAUCUCGACAGCGGUGCUGUAACCGCUGAUCGUGCUGCGCCGCGUCAGCCAGGGUCUGACGACCGCGGCAGCACCGCCUUAGUAGCGGUGCAGUCCCGCAUGUCACCGCAGCCCCUUCGGCUGGCGAACGGCGUACUUCCGUCACCCUCGGCGGCAUAUGGUGAUCCGCAUCGCAUGGGCUCGUGCAACAUGGACCGUGACCAGCAGCUGCACUGCAAGGAGCUCACGACACGGCCGCCGCCGGUCCUUCCUGGUGCUGGUCGCAGAGGCAGCUCAUCUGACUAUCAACUUCCACCUGGCCGCAGUGAUGAUGAGGAGGGAUGGCCCACCAUGCUAUCGGGCUUCCACAGCGCUAGCGAACGGCACAGCGAAGGCGACAACUAUAAUGCAGGUUGUGCAUCCGAACACUCCACAUACAACGAUCGCCACCGCCAUCCAGAGCGACCGGCACCGCAGUACCCAAAAGGACAGCAGCAAGAGUACUCGUUAUCGUCGCAGCAACAGGCGGAGAACAGCAGUCGCUGCCCCUCCGCGUACGACACCCAACCCGAGCGCGAGAAAAGGCACCGUGAAGAAGAGCGACCGGCCGGCCAGCCUCGCCGCUCGAGCACUUCGAACGCUCACGCGCUUAGCAUUGACGGCGGCGCGCACCGGCGCUCGGGGCUCGGCGGCGGCGGCGACUCUGCCACGGCUGACUGCCACGACCAAUAUGGGCCCAGCGCUGGAGAGUGUGGCGUAGACAGCAGCCGCCCGCAGCGCUUCGAGGCGGCUCUGCCGGUGGGGGCGCCGCAUUAUGGAUGGCCGCACGUCGUCAGCGCCAACGGAGGCGUGAGUGGCACUGCUGGCAACGGACGAGUGGGCGAAGCGGAUGAAGGCGAGGCCUUUGAAGACGGCGAUGGCUCGUAUGGGGAUGGCGGAGCAGAGUGGGGGGCUGCUCUCGAUGAGUGGGACGAUGACGAGGAAGGCGGUGCGGCCCCGGUCACGGCGCACAACCUUUAUGCCAACGACGGCGAGGAGUGGAUGGACACGAGGGACGGUGCGUAUCAUGACCGUGAUGAUGACAACGCUGACAGCGAACCCUCAUAUCUCCAGCCGCCUCCGCCUGCAUCGAAGGAGCAGCGACCUCAGCCGUCUCUGCGUGCGUCGUUGCCAGCGGAGGCGCCGGCUCCUCCAUCACAGCAUCGACACCAGCGCCCCACCAGGCAUAUCCAGCGGCAGUCGGCUGACGUGACGUCAUUGCAGUCGUCGAGGAAAGGGUCGCAGCAGCCGCGGCCCGUCGAGGGAGAGGUCGACUGGUCUUCCACGAGGGGCAAGAAGAAGACGCGGUCGAACAAGCACAACCCGCGCGCCUUCCUGAACAGGACGACGCACACUUGGGUAUCGACGAACACGACCACCACGGUGAUCCUGCCUCCCGCCACGGUGCAGCUAGUGCCAAUGUCGGCGCUUGCCAUGUCCGAGGUGAGGCAGCCCGUGGAUGGCCGCUGGGCUGCCACUGCUGUGUUGCCCCCGCCGUCGCCAUACUCUCUGAGUUCUCAAUCGAUGCUGGGCUAUCAGCAGCGGUGUUCGCAGAUGGAGGUGCUCGAUGACAGCGGGAACUCCAUUUCGAAUGGACGCAAGCACGUUGGCAACUCCCUUCCAUGCCUGCCAAGCCGCAACACGGUAUAG